AUGUUCGAGAAAAAGUUCAACAUUGAAGUACAAACUUUACAGCCUUUACGUGAGUUUCUUGCACAACUGAAAGAAGAAGGUAGUCGGCCACAACUUAUAGACUUUCAUUAUGAAUUUAAUGAAAAUGAAGAUGGAACUCAUGACUGUCAGUUUGUUAUAUAUUCACCAUUCAAUGAAGUAGCUAAAAAGAAAGAAAAUCCAUUACGUAUAAGAUUUCAAAUCUCUGAACCAAGUGAUGAUUUCAAGAAUGUUUUCAAUUAUGAUGCAAUGCUUCCGAGGAAAAAUGAUUUUUCCGAAAUUAGAUUUCCAGGCAUUUGGGAUAGAAAGCAAGCUAUAUUAUAUUCAAACUUGAGUAAGGGAGUUGAAAAUGAGUUCAUUGGUCAUACAAGAACUUCACCACUUCCUAACCCUAAAUACUAUAAAUUAACUGGCUUCAAUCGUGAGUUUUGGAUAGACAUGUUUUCCACUCAUGACCAUAACUGCCCAGUGUUCUUACCUCCAGACCAUAAGGACUGUCUCUACAUUGAAGCACAACUCUUAAACUCUACCAUCGCAGUAUUGUAA